AUGGCGGGGUGCAGGGGGUCCUGGUGCUGCUGCUGCAGAUGGUGCUGCUGCUGCGGGGAGCGGGAAAGCCGGACGCCCGAGGAGCUGACCAUCCUUGGAGAGACACAGGAGGAGGAGGAUGAGAUCCUGCCAAGGAAAGACUAUGAGAGUUUGGAUUACGAUCGCUGUAUCAAUGACCCUUACCUGGAAGUUUUGGAGACCAUGGAUAAUAAGAAAGGUCGCAGGUAUGAGGCGGUGAAGUGGAUGAUGGUGUUUGCCAUUGGACUCUGCACGGGUUUGGUGGGUCUCUUUGUGGACUUCUUUGUGCGCCUCUUCACGCAGCUCAAGUUCGGAGUGGUGCAGACCUCGGUGGAGGAAUGCAGCCACAAAGGGUGCCUCGCCUUGUCCCUCCUUGAGCUCCUGGGUUUCAACUUGACCUUUGUCUUCUUAGGGAGUCUUCUCGUCCUGAUUGAGCCUGUGGCAGCGGGUUCCGGGAUCCCCGAGAUCAAAUGCUACCUGAAUGGGGUGAAGGUGCCCGGAAUCGUCCGUCUCCGGACCCUGGUCUGCAAAGUCUUCGGGGUGCUGUUCAGCGUAGCUGGAGGGCUCUUCGUGGGGAAGGAAGGCCCCAUGAUCCACAGCGGCGCCGUGGUGGGCGCUGGCCUCCCUCAGUUUCAGAGCAUCUCCUUCCGGAAGAUCCAGAUUAACUUCCCCUAUUUUCGAAGUGACAGAGACAAGCGGGACUUUGUAUCAGCUGGGGCAGCAGCUGGCGUCGCUGCAGCCUUCGGGGCUCCCAUUGGGGGGACCCUGUUCAGUCUGGAGGAGGGCUCGUCCUUCUGGAACCAGGGGCUCACGUGGAAAGUGCUCUUCUGCUCCAUGUCGGCCACCUUCACCCUCAACUUCUUCCGCUCUGGGAUUCAGUUUGGGAGUUGGGGCUCCUUCCAGCUCCCUGGAUUGCUGAACUUCGGCGAGUUCAAGUGCUCUGACUCUGAUAAAAAAUGUCACCUCUGGACAGCUGUGGACUUGGGUGUCUUCAUCGUGAUGGGGGUCUUUGGGGGCCUCCUGGGAGCCACAUUCAACUGUCUGAACAAGAGGCUCGCAAAGUACCGAAUGCGAAACGUGCACCCGAAGCCCAAGCUCGUCAGAGUCUUAGAGAGCCUCCUGGUGUCUCUGGUGACCACCGUGGUGGUGUUUGUGGCCUCCAUGGUGUUAGGAGAAUGCCGACCGAUGUCUUCAGGCCAAAUCGGGAAUGACUCGCUCCUGCUCCAGGCCAUAUCAGAAGAUGUGAAUUCAAGUAUCAAGACCUUUUUCUGUCCCAAUGAGACCUACAAUGACAUGGCCACCCUCUUCUUCAACCCCCAGGAGUCUGCCAUCCUCCAGCUCUUCCACCAGGAUGGUACCUUCAGCCCCAUCACUCUGGCUCUGUUCUUCACCCUCUAUUUCUUGCUUGCGUGUUGGACUUACGGCAUUUCUGUUCCGAGUGGCCUCUUUGUACCUUCUCUGCUGUGUGGAGCUUCUUUUGGACGUUUAGUUGCCAAUGUCCUCAAAAGCUACAUUGGACUGGGCCAUGUCUAUUCGGGGACCUUUGCCCUGAUUGGUGCCGCGGCUUUCCUGGGCGGGGUUGUCCGUAUGACCAUCAGCCUCACGGUCAUCCUGAUCGAAUCCACCAACGAGAUCACUUACGGGCUUCCCAUUAUGAUCACUCUGAUGGUGGCCAAGUGGACAGGGGACCUUUUCAAUAAGGGCAUUUACGACAUCCACGUGAGCCUGCGAGGAGUGCCGCUUCUGGAGUGGGAGACAGAGGUGGAGAUGGACAGACUGAGAGCCAGUGACAUCAUGGAGCCCAACCUGACCUACGUCUACCCGCACACCCGCAUCCAGUCGCUGGUCAGCAUCCUGCGCACCACUGUCCACCAUGCCUUCCCCGUGGUCACCGAGAACCGGGGCAACGAGAAGGAGUUCAUGAAGGGCAACCAGCUCAUCAGUAACAACAUCAAGUUCAAGAAAUCCAGCAUCCUCACCCGAGCCGGCGAGCAGCGCAGGCGCAGCCAGUCCAUGAAGUCCUACCCGUCGAGUGAGCUGCGGAACAUGUGUGACGAGCACGUGACCUCAGAGGAGCCGGCCGAGAAGGAGGACCUCCUGCAGCAGAUGCUUGAGCGAAGAUACACUCCCUACCCCAACCUAUACCCUGACCAGUCCCCAAGUGAAGACUGGACCAUGGAGGAACGCUUCCGCCCUCUGACCUUCCACGGCCUGAUCCUGCGGUCGCAGCUGGUCACCCUGCUCGUCCGAGGAGUGUGCUAUUCCGAAAGCCAGUCGAGCGCCAGCCAGCCGCGCCUUUCCUACGCGGAGAUGGCGGAGGAUUACCCACGGUUCCCUGACAUCCACGACCUGGACCUGACGCUGCUGAACCCGCGGAUGAUAGUGGAUGUCACCCCAUACAUGAACCCGUCACCCUUCACCGUGUCCCCUAACAGCAGCGUCUCCCAGGUUUUUAACCUGUUCAGGACCAUGGGGCUGCGGCACCUGCCGGUGGUGAACGCGGUGGGAGAGAUCGUUGGGAUUAUCACCCGCCACAACCUCACGUACGAAUUCCUGCAGGCCCGGCUGCGGCAGCACUACCAGACCAUCUGA